AUGGGCUUUCAUCACCUCCUGGAUCGAGUUGGUGGCCAGGGGAGAUUCCAGAUCUUUCAGAUGGUUUUCCUUCUUAUCUCCAAUGUCAUAACGCACACUCAUAUUGUGUUGGAGAACUUCACUGCAGCCAUCCCUGGUCAUCGCUGCUGGGUCCACAUCCUUGACAACCACACUGUCUCUAGUAACAGCACUGGGAUCCUGAGCCCUGAUGCCUUCCUGAGAAUCUCCAUCCCACUGGACUCGAACCUGGAGCCAGAGAAGUGUCGUCGCUUCCUCCACCUCCAAUGGCAGCUUCUUCACUUGAAUGGGACUUCCCUCAACACCAGUGAGCCAGACAUGGAGUCCUCCACCAUUGUGACUAAGUGGGACCUGGUAUGUAAAUCUCAGCUACUGAAAUCAGCGACUCAAUUCCUAUUCAUGGCUGGAAUGCUGCUGGGAAGCCUCAUAUAUGGCCAUCUCUCAGACAGGUUUGGGAGGAGAUUGAUUCUCAGAUGGUGUUUCCUCCAAUUUGCUAUUGCUGAAAACCGUGCAGCCUUUGCUCCCACCUUCCUCAUUUACUGCUCUCUACACUUCUUGGCAGGAUUUUCUGCCAUGACCAUCUUUACAAAUACUGGCAUGCUCAUGAUAGAAUGGUCAAUGCCCCACUGCCAAGCCAUGGCAGUGACACUGGUAUCCAGUUGCUCUAGUUUUGGACAGAUAAUGCUGGGAGGACUGGCUUUUACCAUUCGAGAGUGGCACACACUCCAGCUGGUGGUGUCUGUGCCAUUACUUGUCCUCUUUCUGUCCUCAGGUUGGCUGGUGGAGUCUGCUCGAUGGCUGAUGGUCAACAAUAAACUAGAGGAGGGCUUAAAGGAACUUAGAAAAGCUGCAAGCAUAAAUGGGAUAAAGAAUGCUGAGGAGACCCUGACCAUGGAAGUGAGCUAUAAAGGGGACCUGAGGGAUACAAUCAAAAGCAAAAAUGUGCGAGUGAUCAGAGUUCCAAAACAGGAGGAGAAAAUAGAAAACUGGGCCCGAGUGCGCGCGCAGCCCGCUCCCGGGACCGGCAGUCUUCCCGCCGUCUGGGCCAAGGACCGGGCUGCACCGAGAGCAGCGGACGCCAGCCUAAGGCAGAACCUCCACCUGGCACCAGAGCCGGCCCCCGCACCUCCCCGCGCCGCUCCUCGCCUCCCCGGCCCGCAGAGCACCCCAGUGACCUCGACUCACCCUCGACCUCACUCCUCAGGACGCGGCGGCGGCCAGAGCUAG